AUGUCUAGGGAGCAGGUGGAACUGCUCGAUCAUAACUCUAAUACGACCCAAAGACCAUGCAUCUUUAUGGGAAUUCUGGCUUUCACUUCAGUACCCACGGGGAUGGCGAGCCAUGCCGACUCCAGUGCCGUGGCCAGUGCUUCCCUCCGACACCCUUGCGAUACCCUCCACUGCGAGUGCUGCCGCCUGCCUUCUGUGAUUGAUCAGAGUAUUUGCUUCAGUUUCAAAACUGACGACAUCCUCUCCAUGGUUUUCCUUAUGCCAAUGACAAGGAGGGAGUUGAAGUGCCAUGAAGAGCUACAGGCUGAGAGUAUUGCCACAUGCCACCUGCAACUCCUCUUCCUGCAGCAGUCUGCAGCAUUUGACUGGGAGAGUGGAAUUGAUAAUUUCCUUUUUCAGAAGAGCCUGCUGGAGCUCUGGUUUCAUUCAGAGUUUGGUACCAUUCAGCUAUCAAAACAAGUUGCAUCUUCAGAAAACAGUUCAGUUGUGUAUCAAGGAUGCAUCACUGAUGAGGAUCAAGGAUACAUCACUGAUGAGACUGCAAUAGACAGGGAGAAUAUAAUGGUGGACGUUCCCCACGGGAUGAAAUUGGACAGCACUGUUAAAGACAUCUUCCACAUCAUGGAGUAAACAACCUAUUUUUCUUGUAAGUUUGUGGUGGGUAAACGGAUUAACAGCACCUGUUAACAUAUUGAUC